AUUCCAACGAACGUACAGUGUACACACGUUGGAAAAGAAAUGUUAAAAGAGCAUCGCUGGUUUAAUGAUAUUACAACGGUGAAUCGAUGUCGGUAUACAUAUCUGGAUACGUUAUAUCGAUAUUCGACUGAUAUUUCGCGUUGGCUUCGUUAUCGAUCGGCAUUGUUUCUACGACUCGUAGAGAUACAUUUUGUUCGCGUGUCGUUUAGAAGGAAACUCCGCGACCCGUUUAGUUAGGUGGCGCAUCGAGGAUUUGUAGAGGGUUAUACCGGACGUUUAACGUCACCGACAUUUCAUCUAUUAUUACGUAGUUGUAAUAGCGCGUACACGUAUAUCGAACGGUAACCGAUCGAGGGGCUGAAAACUUUCGAGAGCUCGAAAUGGGAGAAACUCGAAAAUCGAAGUAUUCGACACAAGCUUGUUUUCCAGCAGAUACACGUACAAACGAUCCGUUCGAAGAGAUAUUUCUGCUGCUAUUCCUGGCCCUGUACGUAUCGAGCUACGCUUUAAUCGGAAAAUUUCGCCGAAGAGAUCGCGAGGAUUACUUUUCCGUGGACGAAGACGAAGCGACGGUCUACAGGAUCAGUCUUUGGUUAUGCACGGUUGCACUGACUGUUUCCGUCGGAGCGACCUUACUUCUUCCUGUUUCGAUCGCUAGCAACGAAGUCCUCAUUUUAUACCCGAACAGCUAUUACGUCAAGUGGCUGAAUAGCUCACUCAUCCAAGGUCUGUGGAACCAUGUGUUUCUCUUUUCGAAUUUGUCCCUCUUCGUAUUUCUGCCAUUUGCUUACUUAUUCACGGAGUCCGAAGGAUUCGUCGGCUACAGAAAGGGUGUAAUGGCCAGGGUUUACGAAACCGUGACAGUUCUUUGUCUAUUGGGGACGCUCGUGUUAGGAAUGACUUAUGUUUUAUCGGCACUCAUAGAUUAUCAGAAAUCCAGUCUUCACACGUUGCUCAAUUUAUGGAGUUAUUAUUUACCUUUCCUUUAUUCUUGCGUUUCGUUCGUUGGAGUUGUUAUGUUAUUGCUUUGUACGCCGAUGGGAUUCGUGCGAUUGUUCGGAGUAGUCGGUUCGUUUCUGGUAAAACCACAGUUCCUAAAAAAUUUGGACGAAGAAUUUUUCGCCUACAGAUUAGAAGAGGAUUGCAUUCGAAGAAGACUGCAGCAUGCGAAAGCGACGGGAAAGUCGUACGUUUCGCCAGUGCCUAUGUCUAUACCAACUUGUGGUUCGGUAUUAGACGACGAUGAACUUCUAAACGCGAAUCCGAGCCUAAUGUGUUUAAAGAACGGUGCUCUUCAGCGUGGACUGGCCCAACGAUUGGAAGAUAUCGAGAAGCGAAGAAAAGUUUUAGACCAACAGAGGCGAACCUGGUGGGUUCGACGUACUUUGCUCUACCCUUUGGCCAUGCUAGCGCUGUUCGUGCUUUCCACUGCCACGGCUCUGCUAGCGGUUCAAAAUACCUUGGAACUGCUGAUCGGUAUUAAGGCGUUGCCUCUAAGUACCAGGCAAUUCACCUUGGGUAUCAACUCGUUAUCGAAGCUCGGUCCCAUCGGAGCAGCUUUAGAAGUCGCAGUAAUUUUAUACUUGGCAGCGACAAGCGCGAUAGGAUUGUACACGCUUCCCGGUGUCAGGGGCGUCCGACCACGGUUCCAUUCCACGCCGCUUACGCAUCUUAUCGCGAAUUGUGCCCUCCUUCUAGUACUCAGCUCAGCAUUGCCACUGUUAUCCCGAAUAUUAGGUAUGACCAACUUCGAUUUACUUGGUGAUUUCGGGCGUAUCGAGUGGCUUGGUAAUUUUAAGCUAGUAUUAUUCUAUAAUUUAAUCUUCGCCACGGCAGCGAUCAGUUGUUUGGCGACUAAAUUUACGGCGACGGUACGUAAAGAAAUUUACUCCAGAUUAAAAAGCAGUCUGAUAGGAAUCUUUAGGAGCGAAGGUAAAAAGAGUUUUUUAGGAAUGUUUUCUACGAAAGAGGACUAGACUGACUUCCGUUAUAAUCAGCCAGAGAUUCGCGAUUUACCGUUAAAAGUAAAUGAAACGCGAACGAUUCGUCUAUGCGAUCGAUAUGGCGUGCGUGCGUGCGUGCAUCGUAUGUAUGAGUAAAAUCCUGUUCAAACUUUUAGUAUCAUAGUGUAAUAUUUUCGAAAACUCGAUCGCGCGUCAAAUACGUGAAAUACGAUGAAAGUUUGAACGAGUAUUUGAUCGGCGAGAAACUCGGAACAUGUUAUUAUACAUUUAUGCGCGAGCGUGUGUGCGUAUAGUUAUAUUAUUUAUUACGAGAUUACUGUCUCAGUAAUCAUUUAUCGAAAGUAUGCACACCGGUUACGUGCGCAACAGCUGAAUUUUGUGAUAAAAACGUAGACGAGUAUUCGAUAAAUACAGGAAUUCACGGUGUAGAAACUGUGUAUUAGUUUCACGCGUACCUGUGUACGUAUGUUAUAUACAUACAUAUACAUACACAUACACCUACACACACACACACACACACAUAUAAUACGUAUGCAUAUGUUUCCUCGAGUUUACUUUGUUAGCGGUUGAUAGUUAGAAAAACCCAAGGACAAAGUAUGGAGCGCUUCGAGACAAGAAAUUCCUUUCUACGCGAUAAAAUACUUUUUAACAUACUGUAUUAACUUUGCCUAAACAGCAAAAGGAACUUCGAUAUUUCUAUAGAAAUUUUUGUACAUUUUCAUUUUUUAGUGAAAAAUACUGGAGAUGCAUAGUAGGCAGUUCCAUGUGCCUAAUUUAUUUACUUUAAUUAAUUAAAGUUAUUAGUAACUUCGCUAGAAGCGUAUUAUACGUACAUACAGGAACUCGUUGAUGUAAUCGCACGCUCAUUGUGUUAUGUUGUAGUAGUAUUAGUUUUAGUAACGUUCGAAUGCAUUUUAUCGAUUCUUAUUAAAUGACUCUACCCAUCAUGGUCAGAAAUUGAUUAAAAAUAUUGAAUGUAACUGUAUUUGUUAUUUUAAGAUGUACGCAGACUGCGUGCGAUGGUAACAUACGGAUCUUAAAAUGUUAUCGCCUCGACUGAUUUCUCUCUUACGUUAGUUUAUUAACGAAAACCUGGCGCUCUAAAUUAAGUGAAAUUAUUUAUUUAGCUUAAAGAUCGAGCCUCUUUGUUUCUUCUUCGUUGCGUUUAAUAUUUCUAUAAAACAAAAAUAUUCACAACAGUUAUUUACCGACAGUUAUGAAACGAUAAUAUUUUACACUAUUAUGUGAUAUAUAUCUCGUCAACAAGACAAUACGAUAUUGUUAGGAUGCGUGCAGUGACGCACUCGCUAAUUAAUUAUUAAACAUAUUUAAUCGUAACAGUAUCUCAGGAUAUAAAAUAUCGAUCGAUAUUUGUUAAAAUAUAUUCCCACAUUGUGGAUUUGUUUAUAACAAAGCGAAUUUCUCGCUGGAGAAUUCUCUGUAUACAGUAAUGACUAUGCGAAUAAAAAGAUACGUUAACAAA